AUAUGAGGUUAUGUCGCUGAUGCGAACGUCACGUCCAACACAGGAGACCUGAAAUUUUUGUUGAUCACCGAACGUCUUUAUUUCGCUUUACCAGUGUCAAUAUGGGUAAAAAUAAGCAACGUACCAAGAAUAAUGCACGGCCAUCAAAUAGUAGCCGCAGUGCAGAACUCUUGGGGACUGCGAUGCCUAAUUUUGUUGGGUUCUCAGCAGUUAAGGAUGGAGGAUAUGUUCCUGUUCUACCUGGUCUAUCUCUAUGUUCUUUAAAUGAUGUUGAAAUGAAUAGUGUAGAUUCCAAUUUUCAAGUAAUACUAAAGAAAAUGAGCAAAAAAGAUGCUACAACAAAGUACAAGGCAUUACAAGAAUUUGCAACUCUAUGUCAAGACUCCGAGUUGUCAGCGAUAGAAGGCAUGUUGUCGUUUUGGCCGAGAUUCUAUUGCGCUCUAUCCAUUGAUAUAGAUCACAGAGUGAGAGAAGCUGCACAGUUAGCACAUGCAGCAGUUGUCAAACGUAUGGGUAAAGGUAUAGCGAUGUAUCUGAAACAAUUGGCUGGUGCUUGGUUUACAUCUCAAUAUGACACGUAUCCUCCAGCAGCUUCAGCUGCUAUCAAUUCUUUCAACAGCACAUUUCCGCCUUGGAAAAUAAUUAACGCGAUUGUUCAUUGCCAGUAUGAAAUUUUAUUGUACAUUAGCAACAAUAUAAUUGUGCAUACAGCUCAAACAUUAUCGACGCAAAAGUCCCUUACUAGUGAAGAAAUGGAAGCUAAAUACGAGAGAGUAUUGGCAGCAAAUCUUCAAGGAUAUAGUUGUUAUUUCAAAAAAGUACCACUUCAAGAAAUCAACAAAACUUUGGAAAUUCACAACAAAAUUUUGAGCAAUUCGCGGUUUUGGAAAUUGGCUAAACAUGAUGCUUUGCCAAUAAAAACAGCCUUUUUCAAUGUGUUAACGUCGAUAAUGGAAAAUGCAGGAGAAUUGUUACAAAAUGAAAAGAAAAGAACAGUGACUACUAUUAUGAAUAGUCUUGAUGAAACAGAACCUGCAAUUUUAUCGGCUGUGUGGGAAUCGAUGCUUAUAGCUACAACUAAAAUCGAUGAUUGGCAUCUUGUCGUAAAUAUUAAUAAACUCGUACUCCCAAAAUUGUGGCACGUUUUACGAUCUGGCGGCCAGUGCUGUGCAAGCACUGUUUAUCCAAAUCUAUUACCUUUUGUUAGCCAAUUUCCGAAAUUUAAUGUUGAUAUCAUUGAUCUGUAUACGAAUUUCUUUAACAAUAUGCGCCAAGGAUUUUCUGUCAAGAGUGUGCAGAUGAGCCGCUCAGAAACACUCGCUGUAACAACAUCUUUUGUCGAAUGCUUACGUUAUUCGAUUCUUGUAAAUGCUGAGAAUAUAGAUUUAUGCGUUCGACUUCUUAAGGAACAACUUAUGCCUGUUAUAGAAGCUUGUAUGACAAAUAAUAUCUUUAUGAAACAGUUUUGCUUCACUGAAAUUACACAUUUAGUACGAUAUUGGAGUAAAAAUCGUACUAAUGAAAAAUAUAAAUCAUACGUUUUUUUAAUGGAGCAAUUUUGGAUUGAGUUACAAUUGUUGUUUGACAAAUAUAUGCCAAAAGAGAUUCCAUAUAUCAUGGAUGCAAAAGAUUUUCACAUCGAGUUCUUAUUAAACUUAAAUAUACCAGAUCGCACCCGAAAAAAAUUAAAAGUAAAAUUUGCCAAUUCAGAUGAUUCGGUUAUUAUAAAUGAAUCAACAGUAAAAAUGACCGAUACUUAUACAGAUACAAUUUUUAAUGCAGAACUUUGCAAGUUUGUAAAUGCACUCUGUACAACUUAUUUUAAUUCCAUAAAUAUAUUGAUAGGCGACCAACAAUGCACAGAAUAUAUCAGACAGCUGAAUAAACUAAUGAAAUAUUUUGCAAGUAAAGAAUUAUUUGUUGCGUUUUCAAAAUCAUUUAAAUUUGAUGAAGACUUCUUUGAAUUUUACGACAGAAAUUUGAAACCCUUAUUAUUGCAAAAAUCAAAAAUGCCGGAACAAAUUCUUGAAUUAAUAUUCUAUUUUAUUACAUACAUAAAUGAUACAGAAAAGGAUAAAGUUCUAAAAUCAUUGAUCGAGUUAAAUGAUAUUGCAAUAACAAGGAAUGUCAUAUUUUGUAGUUUAUCUGAACAUAAUAAAAAUGAUCGUGUGAUUAAAAAAUGGUAUACGCAAACUAAUGUGAUUAAAUUAUUAGUUGAUGUGACCAAAGAAAUUGCUUCAUGCAACGAUGAACACUAUGAUUUCGAAAAAAAUCAGAAUCUGAUUUUAUCAGCAUUUGAAAUUUCGGAAAUUAAAGAUUUGUUAAUAAAUGAGGAAGGAGCAAAUGAAAUUGUAUCGAUUCUUUGUGAUUCGCUAAAUGGAAGAGAUGAUACUUGCUCCAUGCAACUUGUUAUAUUUAUUACGAAAUUGAUGUCUUUAUUAUGGAGUCAUCAACAAACAAUAUCAAAUGCUGUACAAAUAUUGGAAACACUUUUUGAAUUAUGUACUCGAGAACAUGACGAUUUAAUUACUGAUGCUGUACACAAUAAUUGGAAAGAAGGAUUCAUAAGAAGUCAUCAAGUAUUAUCUACUUCUGAAUUUAAUGAUCUUAUUAAAAGAUGUGGAAUCAUUAUCUGGAGCAAAAUAUAUAAUGCACAUGCAAAUUUUAGUAAGAAUAUAUUAAUAGAUUUGGCAACAGAUAUUUUGGAAGUUAUAAUCGACAAUAUAAAAACUUAUUGCAUUGAAGAAACCAUUUUAUUAUUCUUAACAGCAUCUGAUAUAAAAUUAUGGAUUGAAGAAACAACCGUUAUUGCAAUAUAUGGCGAAGUAUUAACAGGCAACUUAUACAUGUCAAAUAUGGAGAAAAAAAUACAGAUUUUGCAGCAACUUAUUUCUAUCAAUAUAACAAACGAUAUUGUUUCGGAUAAUACAAUAAAUUGUUUAUUAUGGGCUUUGUUUACCACAAAUUUACUUAAUAAUCUGUAUAAGAGAUUAAAAAACUCUAAUUCUGAGGAUGUUAACACAUCUUUGAAUUCAGAAAGAAAUUUUGAAUUAAACGAUUUAAAUUUACCAGGAAUUACAGAAAUAUUGAUAAAUAUCAUAUAUGUGGUUAGCAUAGCAGAUAUAUACAGCAAACAUUAUACAUCCACUAAACAUUAUAAUGACGUUGAUAAGUUUCGUGAUGCGAUAAAAAAUAGUUUUGUCAAUUUGCGCAAAUAUUUUACAAAGAAUAUUCAUGAUGACGUAUUAUCACAUAUACAAAUAAAUCAAAAAAGUUACGGAUGCAUGCUACCAUAUAUAAUUUACACACAUUAUACUGAAUUUUACUUGAAAGACAAAACUGAAAAUUCUGUAGAAUAUUUCAGAAAGUAUAGUAAUAAUGAGAUUGCAGGAGCGUAUGAUGAUGAAACAUAUGUGCAAAUAAUACAAAUCUUAAAUCAUUAUUGGCCACAAAAUAUCCCGGAAACGUUAUCACACAAUGAAAUUUAUACAAUAGUUGCCACAAGAAUUAUGAUAUCCGACUUUUCCAGAUAUCAAUCUUCUACAUUAUACGAUACUAUUAUAGACAAAGCUAUGUCACGUCAUGAUGAUAUUUUCGCAAUUUUGAAUCACGACAUCUCUGACACUUCAUGGGAUAAAUUACUUUUACCCUUCGAAGUUAUAAGAUUGCUAACGACAAUUGUCCAAAAUAUUCCGUCCAAGUUAAAACAUGCAUAUUGGGAUAUUAUCUUAAUAUCUCUCACAGAAUGGCAACAGUCACUUAACAGCGCCAAGCAUAAUUAUACUGACAUUAAAGUAACAACAUUGAUGACAGCGCUUAGUCAAUUGUAUCAUGCAAUUGAAACUGUGAUGAUUAAACAUAAACUAGAGCCAAUACUAGAAUUACCAUCAGAGCUCUUGAACGAAUGGAAAGAUGUAAUUGCUGGCAACAUAUAUAGUAGCAUUGUUCAAACUUGGAUGUUUUACGCGGAUUUAUGCAAUCAGAAUACACAUAGUAUAAAAUCUAUUAUACCAUUGAAUUACUUGGGAGAGGCAAUUUGUAUAUUUGACAGUAAUAUAUUGUUCAGACAUGAUGAAUCCAUUAAAUCGAUCGAUUUCAAUGAGAUGUUAAAGCUAUCUCUGAAAUUAUUACAAUCUCCUGUACCUAUUAUUCAAUUGGGUGCCUAUUAUGCAUUGAAAUAUAUGAUACCAGAACUUGUACAACGUGAUAAAGUUCUUAUCGAAUCUGAUAAUUUUGAGUCGAGUAGUUUCAGCAUUAGAAAAUUUGAACAAGUAUUAUCAAAUACACAGAAUAUUAUAAAUACAAUGCUUAUGGACUUCAAAUUAUGUGAUACUAUUAGUUGCACAAUCCAACCGUUUACAGAUUCUUAUACAUAUACAUUAGGAUAUGUUUUAACAUGGGCGAUUAUAUUAGAAAUUUGUGAAAAAGUUCAUAAUGAUUUACGAUAUCAAUAUGCUGAAAUAUUGAAGAAUGAACUUUUCCCUUGUUUAUUGAAUAACAUCUUUAAAUUAAUUCCUGUGGAAAUAUUACAAGAUAAUAAAAAUAAAACUGUAAAGCUCCUAGAAUUAUUUACUACUGUUCCAGCUUUUCAUUUUAGAGCAAGUUGGACAGAAAAGAGAUUAGAUCAUAUUGUAUGUUGGUUAUAUACAAAUUGUUUACGGCAUUUACCAGUAUUAGUUAGACAAUGGCUGAGUACAGUUGAUAGCAGAGUUAGUGCAAUAGUAGAUAAAGUUACAAGUCAUUAUGUCAGUCCUAAGCUUUGCGAAGAUGAACUUCUUUAUAGCAGAUUACAGUUGGCUAAUGUGGAAAACAUGCAGGUAAAAAUCCAUUCAACAGCAAGAGAAGUAGUAGCCAUUUAUCAAAUGGAAGAUACAAAAUUAGAAUUGAGCAUAGUACUACCAUCAAACUAUCCCUUAGGUAGCGUAAAAGUAGAGUCCAGUCAACAAAUAGAUGGUACAGUAAAAUGGAGAAACUGUUAUAUGCAACUCUCUAAAUUUCUCACACAUCAAAAUGGCUCUGUUUGGGAUGGUCUUCUAAUGUGGAAACGCAAUUUAGAUAAGAAAUUUGCAGGUGUUGAAGAGUGUUAUAUAUGCUUUAGUAUUUUUCAUAUCAGUACAUAUCAAGUACCAAAAUUAUCAUGUCAUACUUGUCGUAAGAAGUUUCACACUCGCUGUUUGGUGAAAUCACAGAAUGCUAUUGAUUAA